UCAGGGCUCCGAGGAUGAAGCGUCUACUUUUCCUGGUGCUGAUUUCAGUCUGUUGGGCUGACCACCUUUCAGACAGCUACACUCCGGAUCAAGACAGAGUCAUUCAUAUCCAAGCGGAAAAUGGCCCCCGUCUACUCGUGGAAGCGGAACAAGCCAAGGUCUUCUCACACAGAGGUGGCAAUGUGACACUGCCAUGUAAAUUUUAUCGAGACCCUACAGCAUUUGGCUCAGGAAUCCACAAAAUCCGCAUUAAGUGGACCAAGCUCACUUCAGAUUACCUCAGGGAAGUGGAUGUCUUUGUUUCCAUGGGAUAUCACAAGAAGACUUAUGGAGGCUACCAAGGUCGGGUGUUCCUGAAGGGAGGCAGUGACAAUGACGCCUCCUUGGUCAUCACAGAUCUCACCCUGGAGGAUUAUGGACGAUACAAGUGUGAGGUGAUUGAGGGACUAGAAGAUGAUACAGCUGUGGUAGCAUUAGAGUUGCAAGGUGUAGUGUUCCCCUACUUUCCACGGCUGGGCCGCUACAACCUGAACUUUCACGAGGCGCGGCAGGCUUGUCUGGACCAGGAUGCGGUGAUCGCUUCCUUCGAGCAGCUGUACGACGCCUGGCGGGGCGGCCUGGACUGGUGCAAUGCUGGCUGGCUCAGCGACGGGUCUGUGCAGUACCCUAUCACCAAACCACGAGAGCCCUGCGGGGGCCAAAACACGGUGCCUGGCGUGAGGAACUACGGGUUUUGGGACAAAGAUAAAAGCAGAUAUGAUGUUUUCUGCUUUACAUCCAACUUCAAUGGCCGAUUUUACUACUUGAUCCACCCCACCAAGCUCACCUACGACGAGGCGGUGCAAGCUUGCCUCAAUGACGGUGCUCAGAUCGCAAAAGUGGGCCAGAUCUUUGCUGCCUGGAAGCUUCUGGGCUAUGACCGGUGCGAUGCCGGCUGGCUGGCGGAUGGCAGUGUCCGCUACCCUAUUUCUAGGCCAAGAAGGCGCUGCAGUCCUACUGAGGCCGCUGUGCGCUUUGUGGGUUUCCCGGAUAAAAAGCAUAAGCUGUACGGGGUCUACUGUUUCAGAGCAUACAACUGAGCAUGCCCUAGAAAGAGUCAGUUCUCCUGUCGUAGGGAACACGUGAAAGGUUUUUUUGUUUUGUUUUGUUUUUAUUAUGAACUCAUGCAAAUUACCAAAACUGUGAUAACCCUUUUUCACUUACUGUAAAGAGUCAUUUUCAUAAAGGCCAAUUCAUUCGUUUGUUUUGUAAAGCUAUCAGUCAAUAUAUGUUAUAAAUUAAUAUAAGUAUAAGGGAAGCUAAAAACAAACAAACAAAAACACGAGCCAACUGGUUUAUGCUGUCAUCCCAACAAGAUGCCAUUUCGUGAGUGGAGCAUGCAGUGGGCUGAGAACCGCCAGGGCUGUGUCAGGGAAGGUUACGUAACUUGCCGCAGCAACUUCCACAAGCACAAAUUUUACAUGUUUCUACAAUUUUGAAAUGCACUUCACUAAACAAAUUAAAACAACAUAUUUGAAAUACAGACUUCUUUACAUAAACCAGGAUUCUGGGAGGUGCAAAAAAUCUCAGUUUCACAAGGGAACAAUGGACACUUUUUCUAAAAGUUAGUACUUCAAGUGUCCAGUAUACAGAAUAGUUUACUCUAUAAAAUUCUACCCUUUUGACCAAAAAGGAAACCAUAUAGAGUCAGAUGCAUAAUAAUUAAACCACAGUUAGAACUCCUAGUUCAACCCAUUUAUAUGAAGUAUAGAUUUAAAUACACAGAUAAUAUCUUACCAA